AUGCACAUCUUGACGUGGAACAUCAAUGGAUUGCGCGCCAUCUUGACCAAGGCCAAACAGUCCGUCGAUGAGUUCCUCGAUACAUGCGACGCCGACAUCGUUUGCUUGCAGGAAACCAAACUCACUCGCUCCGAAAUGACCGAAGCCCUAGCGUGUCCGACGUCGUUCGACGCGUUCUUCUCGUUCUCCCGCUUCAAGAAGGGCUACUCGGGCGUCGUCACGUUCGUGCGGUCGUCUGCCGUGCAAACUUUGGACGCCGACACCACCUCGUGCGUGUUUCAAGAAGGCCGUGUGGUCUUGACGGUGCAUCCCCAGUGCCUCGUGGUCAACGCGUACUGCCCCACGACUGCAGGCAACAUGGAACGCAAGAUGCAGUUCCUAGACUCGCUCUUGCUCCAACUGGAUCGGUGGCGCACAAGUCAUCCCGAUAAACCGUUGAUCUUCGUGGGGGAUUUCAACGUGAUCCAUCAAUCCAUCGACCACUCUGCCGACCACAUCCCCACCGAAGCCACGACGUGGCUCGAUGCCCUGGUAGCCAAAGCAGGCGAUGAUUCAAAACAGCAGUACCAACUCGUCGAUGCGUUCCGCCAUUUUCACCCUGACGACGACACAGCAUACACGUGUUGGAGCCAGUUGACUGGAGGUCGCGAAACCAACUAUGGGGUCCGAUUGGAUUACAUUCUACUAGACAAGCGGCUGCUCUCGUUGGCAAUCGACUGCUGGCUUUGGGCAGAUAAAGUUGGCUCCGACCACUGUCCAGUUGUGCUUGAUAUCGACACUUCCAACUCGACUGGCGCCCCCACGACCGCCCCUGCGUGCGCCAAGUUCUUUCCGGAAUUCGCAGGCACGCAACAGUCUUUGCGUGGCUUCUUGUCGCGCCAACCCUCGUCGCACAUUGACGUGUCCUCCCCCCAACCUCCACCUGCGCGACCACCCCCAGCCCUGCGGCAGCCUUCCAUUGCCUCCUUUUUCUGUACCCCCAAACACCCCCCCACUCGCAAGGUCGACCGCCCCAACGACCUGGCCGCCCAGGACGACAAUAUUAUGCUGCCGUUAUCGUCGCCAGGCACACUCAAUGCGUCCAACUCCAGUGCCGUGUUGGGCAGGGAAUCCAUUACCCACCUGGACGAGUACCAGUCGGUGGCUGCGUCGUGGAAGUCGUUAUUGCCAGGGAAAGCGCCGCCGCCGCCCCUCUGCUCGGGCCACAAACUCCCGUGCGUGUUGCGCACAGUGCUCAAACACAACGACAACUGGGGGCGCAAGUUUUAUUUAUGCUGCAGACCCGAAGGCGCGACGGGGGACCCCACCGGCCGCUGCGACUUCUUCCAGUGGGUGGUGCCGCCGUCGAAAAAGCGAAAAGCAGUCGACUAAUUGCCAGUCAUAGACUAAGUAGAAUCACUGCAGCAAUACAGUACCGGUAGUAUGCGACCUUAUCCUCGC